CUCUUGUCGUGUGUAUCAACAGCUGAGGCUGAGAGAGAUCUGACUUGGGGUGUGGUAGCCCAGCGCGUGGAGGCAGCGCGGCAGCAGCAGCAACACCGGCGCUGUAACGGUUGUGUGAGCACAGCAGCAGUAGUGGUGAGGUGACCAUGGCUGUACAGCAGCAGCAGCAGCAGCGGCGGCGGCAUCGGCCGGGGUGCGGCCAGUCGCCCCGGCAAUCAGACCGGUCACCGGCGGCCGCGGCGACGGUAGUCGUUGCGGCGCUCGCUCUGUGCGCGAGUUUGGUGGAGGUCUCCGAGGCGUUUCUGUCGCCCGCGACGGGGCGGUUGCCGUUCGCGGCGCAGACAACCUCGAGGGCGGCCGUAGCGCCGGUGGCGGCAAGGGGGUCGUCUUCUGCUGCCGCGGGCCGAAGGGCGGGAGGGAUUUGCAUGUCGGCGGGCAAGACCAUCGAGAUGUACAUGCCGGCGCUAUCGUCGACGAUGGAGGAAGGGACGAUCGUGCAGUGGCUCAAGGAAGUCGGUGACAAGAUCGAGGUGGGAGACCCCGUGAUGGUGGUGGAGUCGGAUAAGGCUGACAUGGAUGUGGAGUCGUUCGAGGAGGGGUACCUGGCGGCCGUGCUGACGGAGGAGGGGGACAGCGCCAAGGUCGGGGCAGCCGUCGCCCUCAUCGUUGAGAGUGAGGAGGACAUCGCCGCUGCCCAGGCGGCGGGAGCUUCGGCUGCCGGUGGAACAGCGCCGGCGGAGUCUGCGGACACGGCCGCCGCCCCCGCCGGUGGCGGAGGCGGUGCCGCAAAGCCUGACGUGCCCUUCAAGGAGAUCGGGAUGCCAGCGCUGUCUUCCACGAUGACGGAGGGCAAGGUAGUGGCGUGGCUCAAGCAAGAGGGGGACAAGGUCGAGAUGGGAGAAGCGGUGCUGGUGGUGGAGUCGGACAAGGCGGACAUGGACGUGGAGUCAUACGAUGAGGGGUACCUCGCGGCCAUCAUCACCGGCCCUCAAGAGCGGGGGGGGGGGUGCUGCAGCCGCGUCCGCCCCCUCCGGCCGCCGAAGCCGCCCCGGCCGCUCCGGCACCGGCGUCUGUCUCCCGGCGGAGCCAGCACCCCGGCCGCUUCCUCGGACGGGCGUGUGGUAGCCUCAGGUCUCGCGAAGAAGAACGCCGGUGCCCAGGGCAUCGACCUGUCGGCUCUCUCUGGCACGGGGCCAGGCGGCCGCGUGGUCGCUCGCGACGUGGAGGCUGGAGCCAAGGGCGGGGCUGCGGCGGCGGCGGCGGCUCCAGCGAAGCCGGCGUGGACGCCUGGACCGGGGGUAGUGGCGGCGACUCCCACUGGGAACGGCCAACUCACGGUUCCGACCAUCAAUACGUACCUACCGUUCGCUACGAGCAUGCACCUCGUAUGA